GAGUACACUCUGUCGGGUCCUGGGAUACCCCAGCUUCAGUAGCGAGAGGGGCGAACCGCGACGGAGAUGUCGGGAAGGCCACUACUGAGGAGGGCGCAGGUGUAUACAACACCGUGGCUAGGAGGCGCCGCGGGGAUGCGAGGCGCCGGGGCGGGACUGAGCACGACACUGGCGGGAAAGGUCAGUGUAGUGGCGGUCGAGGGCGGCGGUGUAAGGGCACCGCGAGGAGGUAUGACCGUCUUGGCGGCAACGCAAACACCCACGCCGACCCAAAAUGGCCGCGCGCUCAACGGAGAGGACACCGCGAGGAGGGACAAAGCCCUGAGGGAGGUCCUGUUGAGGGACCUCGGGGGGCGACGCGUCAGCGUGACUAGAGCGGCUGCGUGCCUGGGAGAGGGUGGAGAGGAUGAGUUGGAGGCGCUCGACCAUAGAGAGAGUAGAGUCCUCCAGGUGGUAGUGGACGAUCUUUUCGAGGUCGAGGUCGUCGCUAUGGUCACCCUCAGGCGACAACGGGGCAACGUUCUGCUCACCAUACUCGAGCAAGAUGAAGCGGUGCGAGAAGUGGCGGCCCUGCUCCGCGGAACGGCGGGGGCGGCCGCGGAAGGGGGAACGACGCUGGGAUGUGCCAUGAGAGGAGGAGGGGGCGUAGCCAGUACGCUGAGGCUGGGAGGAGGAAGCAGGGUGAAGACGGGCCCGCAUCUGCUGAUGGGUCCUGGCGGCCUCAUAGGCCUGCGGGGCCGAUGUGAACUCGUACACAGGUCUAUUGUUGUGAGGUUGAAAGAAGACGAAAGAAGAUAUAAAACAGAGAUGGCGAACGUGUCGAACCGUGCGAGGCCUCUUUUGGGCAAGUUCUUUUGUCUUGCGAGGCAAGGUUUGGCCCAGAGAGCGAGAGCCGCAGCCCCACUGCCACAGACUGGCAGCGUUGAAAGUUUGUCGAGGACUUCAAGCCUCCUGCUGAGGCCGUUGAGCCAGUUGCAAUGGAAGUGCGGCAUGGGAACUGCGGCGGCAGCAGCAGCACCUGUGGCUCCUGCUGAACCUUCUCCAGCCAUCGAUAUCAAAGGAGUAAACCUUGCUGGGCGACCGUUAUAUCUAGACGUACAGGCGACAUCACCGGUGGACCCGCGCGUGUUAGAUGCAAUGCUUCCGUAUUUUGUGGAGCAGUAUGGCAACCCCCACUCCAGGACUCACAUGUAUGGGUGGGAGAGCGAGGAGGCUGUGGAGAAGGCGCGUGCGCAGGUGGCUCACCUUAUUGGUGCCAACCCGAAGGAAAUAAUUUUCACGUCGGGUGCGACCGAGUCGAACAACAUCAGCAUCAAGGGUGUGGCAAGAUUUUACCGGGAGAAAAAGCGGCAUUUGAUCACAGUGCAAACGGAGCACAAAUGCGUGCUCGACUCGUGCCGCUUCCUGCAGCAGGAGGGGUUCGAUGUGACGUACUUGCCGGUUCAGAAAAAUGGCCUGAUAGAUCUCAAGGAGCUGGAGGAAGCGAUCCGUGAGGACACAGCGCUUGUCUCGAUCAUGGCCGUGAACAAUGAAAUCGGGGUGGUGCAGCCUAUCAAGGAGAUAGGUGAAAUAUGUCGAAAAAGGAAGGUCUUCUUCCAUACGGACGCAGCACAGGCCGUUGGCAAGAUACCGAUAAAUGUGAACGACAUGAAGGUGGAUCUGAUGUCCAUCAGCGGACAUAAGCUGUAUGGGCCAAAAGGGGUCGGUGCGCUGUACAUUCGAAGACGUCCAAGGGUUCGCAUCGAGGCACAAAUGAGCGGAGGCGGCCAAGAGAGAGGACUGAGGAGUGGCACGGUGCCGACACCACUUGUUGUUGGCCUUGGUGCUGCAUGUGAAAUUUCUGAACAGGAAAUGGAAAGGGACACCGCGCACGUGAAGAGGCUCCAGAGGAAACUGUAUGACGGGCUGACCUCUAGGCUGAAAUCAGUCGUCGUGAACGGCGAUUUAGAGGCACGAUACCCUGGCAACCUUAAUCUCUCAUUUGCGUACGUCGAAGGGGAGAGUUUAUUGAUGGGUUUGAAGGAAGUCGCGGUGUCGUCGGGUAGUGCAUGCACGAGUGCAAGUCUUGAGCCAUCCUAUGUUUUGCGAGCUCUUGGAGUGGAGGAAGACAUGGCGCACACUUCCAUACGGUUUGGCAUCGGGCGGUUUACAGCCGAAGAGGAGAUUGACAGAGCAAUUGAGAUGACAGUGAAGCAAGUGGAGAAGCUACGAGAAAUGAGUCCCCUUUGGGAGAUGGUACAGGAAGGGAUAGACCUCAAGUCGAUCCAGUGGAGCCAGCACUGAGGUGAGAUCGAGAUCCGUCCGCGCAUGGACAGAGCCCCCUUUGGGAGAUGGUGCAUGGAGGGAUGUAGACCUCAAGUCGAUCCAGUUGAGCCAGCACGGACGUGAGAUCGAGAUCCUUCCUCGCAUGGACAGAGCCCCCUUUGGGAGAUGGUGGGGGAAGGGAUGUAGACCUCAAGUCGAUCCAGUGGAGCGAGCACUGAGGUGAGAUCGAGAUCCGUCCGGACAUGGACAGAGUUCUUGCGGUUGCUCACGGUAUGUAUAGGUGGGCGCAGGGGGAGCAUGUUGGCAAACUGGCGAUGAAGGGGGAGCAGAGACUGCUUUCCCACCCAUGGAGCUCAUGAUGAUGGUAUGGUGUUGCCUGCGCCGUGUUUUCCAAGGCAAUAUGCCGUUCUCCAUUGGUCAUUGCCAGGGGGGUGUCCCCCAAUGGGAUGAAUUUGACUCGAGGAGGCCCCUUUGCACGGCGAUGAUGAUCUGUUACUCAACUUUCGUUGCUUACUUUUUUCAGGCCGCCUUUUGACCAGGAAUCAUAGUCUUCCUCUUCUUGGUUGGCGGCUUUCGAAGAAGAGCAAAAAAAAUUGUAACGUGGAGUCUCCUUCAGAAUGUUGUUACGGUGGAUGCAUACCAGAGUACUGCGGCUACCGAAACUCCGCUGCUGCGUUCGGCUAUGCUCCCAGAUUAGGGGCCUUGCCACCUUGGGGCCAUUGAGAUGCUCUGAUGAUGCGAUGCCCCAACCGUUUUCCUUUCUUUAGAACGUAGGCAAUCAAUCUGGGGCCUCUUCUGGAGGGUUGUACAGAGAGGAUUGCCUAGGCCAUCUACGCUUUUCGUAAUGGGAUUGAUGAGGGCGGAAGGAGUUGUGCAAUGACUGCAACACGUCAUUUGCUAGUUGAUGUACGUCCCUCUUGUUUUCUUUCUUAAGACAUAGCGGUAGGUAGGUAAAACUUCAUACUUAGAGCUGUGACGGAAUGGUGUCUGUUGUUUGUCCUUUGUAAAAAGCUGAUAGUCAGUUCUAGUUGGAACAUAAAGCAUGUUAGUUGCGUAAACCAUGUAGGUGGUGUUGUGCAUGCUUAGGACACAACAUCCUGUCCUGUUGACAUCGGGCAUUUUACUUGUUUUCAUGGAUGGUCAUUGUGAUACAAUGCAUGGAAGCAAGCUUCUCACCAUCUCUCGAUCAUCAUCGCAAUUUGGUGCAUUGCAGCAGGACUCCGACUCUGCCAUUGGAAUAGAAUGCGUGGCAGCGGAAUUCUCGCUCCGCACAACUGUUGACACGCCUGUUAAUUGUGGGCAUGUGCAUGCGCACUCGCGUGUACAACAAAUAGAGAGUGGGCAGAGAGACCUGGCCGUGCUCAUUUUCGCGGUAUCGUUGGCAAGGCCAAGAGGUGGCAUGCUGUGAAACAAGUGGAGUUUGUAGAUGUCUGAACUUUAAACUUUCGGAUAUUAGGUCACUGGUUCACGUUUAAGUGGGGCCAAGGAUCUCGAAGUAGUCUCCUGGCAGCCUUCCGCAGAGCGUGUUAGGACUCCAAGAUUCUGGUUCGUCCGUUCUAGAAACAGCAAGCGUCAGAAAAGCAAGUCAAGCAUUAACUGCAACAAGAUAGAAAGACUGAACUGAACAUCUGUGCUCUGAAUAAAAAUUGUUUUGAUGAGACUUUAAGAAGCUCUGAUAAUGAAUUCUGGCAGAGAAU